GCUCAUCUCCAAACAGGGACUAGAACCGGGCACCGAGGAGCGACAGGACCAGGAGGAGGCUAGAGAGAGAAGGCAGCAAGGGAAGGAGGACCCCGGCAGGCGACAGUAUGAAAUUCAGCCCCGCACACUACUUACUGCCUCUCUUGCCGGCGCUGGUCCUCAGCACCAGACAGGACUAUGAAGAGCUAGAAAAGCAGCUGAAAGAAGUGUUUAAGGAACGAAGCACCAUUCUCCGUCAGCUGACAAAAACAUCAAGAGAACUGGAUGGAAUUAAAGUCAACCUUCAGUCUUUGAAAAAUGAUGAGCAGUCCUCCAAAACUGAUGUUACAAAACUUCUGGAAUUAGGCCAGAAACAAAGAGAAGAAAUGAAGUCGCUCCAGGAGGCCCUUCAAAAUCAACUUAAAGAGACCUCUGAGAAAGCAGAAAAACACCAGGCUACUAUUAAUUUUUUAAAGACUGAAGUGGAACGAAAGAGCAAAAUGAUUCGAGACCUCCAGAAUGAGAAUAAAAGUUUGAAAAACAAGCUCUUAUCAGGAAACAAGCUGUGUGGUAUCCAUGCAGAAGAGUCAAAAAAAAUCCAAGCCCAGCUGAAGGAGCUUCGCUAUGGGAAGAAGGAUUUACUAUUUAAGGCCCAGCAGCUUACUGAUUUGGAGCAAAAAUUGGCUGUAGCCAAAAAUGAACUGGAGAAAGCAGCUCUUGAUAGGGAGUCACAGAUGAAAGCAAUGAAAGAGACAGUACAGCUGUGCCUGACCUCUGUUUUCCGUGAUCAACCGCCGCCUUUGAGUCUAAUCACAUCAAAUCCAACUCAGCUGUUACUUCCAUCCAGGAAAUUUGACUCUAAGAUUCCAUACUCAGCGACAGAAAACAAGCCUCAACAAAAUGUUCCUGGAAACAAUGAGAGCUCUCAAGUUGAGUCCAAAGAGGAAAAAAACCCAAGUACUACUGAGUUUGUUUCUCAAAAGGAGGGCAGGCCCUGUUCAAUGAAGUGCAAAGAAAGUCCCCCAAGCCACACCACUGCAGAAUCAGAGACUGACCCACAGAAAUUGCAAAUGUCUCCAUGUCCUGAAUGUAAGGCAAAAAAACCAACAGAAAAGAAAUUGAACAGCUUUGAAGAGAUAUCAACUAGAGAAGAAAAAAUACUGUAA